UGAAGGACAGCCAGCAUAGCAUGUCUUACGUUCACGUCAUCUUGCUAACAACUAUCAUGAAGUGAACUUCGACUCAAGUGCUGUCAGCCGAGGGCACAACGAUACUGGUAAUUCGGCAUCCAGAGAUACACGCAGCUCAACAAGGCCAACCUUGGCACUUCCCAGCCAUGUCGCAGGCUCAAUCGGCAGGCCAGAGCCACCUUGGCAGCACCUCUCCAUUACCACAUCCUGCUAAGGACCAGGUGUAUGUGAGAGUCUCGGCUCUCAAUGGAGGCUUCCUGACACUGCCCGAGAGAAAUUUUGUGACCGACCCUGAUCCAGACAAAGCGACAACUGUCCCGUCAAUGUGCUUCCUGAUCGAGCAUCCAAGACAAGAUGCUUCCACACCCACCCGACUGGUCUUUGAUCUCGGCAUCAAACGGGAUCUUACCAAGUACAAGCAACCGGCUACCCAGCAUCACAUAACCACACGCCAACCAGUAUAUUCGACGGCAGAUGUGAAAUCGAGCCUACUCAACGGGGGCUUGGACCCAUCAAAGGACAUCGACUAUGUCAUCUUGAGCCAUAUCCACUGGGAUCAUAUUGGGCUUCCGUCAGAUUAUCCAGAGGCAAAGUUCAUCGUAGGAUCUGGAACCCUGUACAUUUUAGAGAACGGCGCACCAUGUUAUCCAUUGGAACGCAUCGAGCGGGGCUCGUUACCUGAGCACCAGGUUGUCGAAUUACCGCCAGUACCAGACUCGGACAGGAAGCAUAUGGCAGCGGCGGCCCAGAGUGACCAUCAAUGGCAACCGCUAUCAGUCUUACCUCAUGCUGUCGACUUCUUUGGGGACGGCAGUUUGUGGAUUGUUGAUGCACCUGGUCACAUCCACGGUCACGUAAAUGCUUUGCUCCGUGUUGCAGCCGACAAGUGGGUUUAUCUGGGAGGUGACUGCUGCCACGACAGACGAAUCCUGACUGGCGAAAAGGGCAUCCUUGAAUAUGACAAUGGUCACGGGACGUUGAAGAGUUCUCAUGCUGAACUGUCCAAGGCCAGAGCAACGAUAAAGAAUGUGCAGAAAUUGAUCGAGACUAAUGGUGAAGCAGUUGAGUGGGUUGUGGCGCAUGACUGGAAGUGGUGCAGUGGAAAUCAGCAUCGGUUUUUUCCAAAUUACAUGUACUGAGGCAGUAUAUCAAUGACUUCCACUCGUCCAGCCAGGCAAGCAUACUGGGUAAUGGCAACAGUAAAGAGCUUGCUCGAGGUCGUUGGAGAAAGGUCUAGCUUUGUUGUGUACUUUUCACUUUCGCUAC